AUGGCCGUCGCAGGGAUUGAACGUCGUGUGGACGUCCGAAUUGCUUCAUGCUCCGAGGACUUCAUGUGCGGAUGGCUUUACUCGUCGCAAAAGUUUACCGCGUCGAGUCCCGGACCAGCCAUCGUCUUAGCACACGGCCUGGGUGGAACGAAAGAAUUAAAGCUCGAUGUGUAUGCCGAUGUUUUCAAUCGGAUGGGAUACACAUGUGUAGUCUUCGACUACCGUUGCAACGGCGGGUCUGAUGGUCUGCCACGAGGUUUGAUUGACUGGGAUCAGCAGCAAGAGGACUGGAAGUCCGCAAUCAAAUAUACACGUCAGCUGGAAAGCGUCGAUCCGAACCAAGUCGGGCUUUUUGGAACAUCUUUCAGCGGAGGGCAUGUCAUCCAGUUGGCCGCUACUGACAGAAAUGUCAAAGCAGCCAUCUCCCAGUGUCCCUUUACUUCUGGCUGGCAGAGUACGCUUUGUGCCGGCAUUGCUGCCGGUCUGAGGCUCGCAGCGCUUGGCCUCUUGGACACCCUCUUCGGCUCGGACAAAAGACCGAUAACUGUAUCGCUGACCGGAAAGCCAGGUGAUACGGCUCUGAUGAAUGCUCCCGACGUUCUGAGUACCUUUGCGCCACUUAUCCCUGAAGGCCAUCCGUUUCAGCAAAGAAUCCCUGCUCGUCUGACCUUGAAACUGCCUUUCCUGAGACCUGGCUCUUACGCAUCUGAUGUUCACUGUCCGAUCCUUUUUGGUAUAUGUGGCAAAGACUCAGUUGCACCCGCAGGCGCAACUUUGGCCUAUGCAAAGGCAGCCCCCAAAGGAGUGAUCAAGUCGUAUGCCGACGUGGGCCAUUUUGAAAUUUACUAUGGCCUGCCAUUUGAAAUAGCUAUGCAGGAUUACACGCGGUUUCUCCAAGAAUGUUUGCCACUUAAGCAUCCUCAAGAGGCAUAA